AUGGAGGACAGGAGGAUGCUGAGGAGCGGCGUCGGUGCUGAUGCCUCGUCCUUCUUCCUGUUCGAAGCCACGGGGGACUCGGAGGUCGACGGCGGUCACGAGGAGGAGGUUCCGAUGGAAGAGGACGACGCGGCGUCCUGCAGCUGCGACUCGUCCGGCUGGACGGGCGCGGGCGGGGGCGGGGUCGGGGUCGGGGGUUGCGAUGUAGCGGCGUGGCUCGGAGAUGGUCGCGAAGAGGAUGAGGAGGACGAGGAGCUCGACGACGAGCAGAACAGCCGCGCGCACCAGCUUCCGGGAGCGGAGUACAAGUCCCGCGUCUCGGUGGAGUCGACCGGCGAGUUGAUGAACGAGAUGGAGAGGAGCAAGCUGUUUUGGGAGGCUUGCCUGGCUUCUUGA